AUUCUUAGUGUUUAGAGGAACAAAAGAAUACAAAAUAUAUGUACUCCUGCAGGUAACAAAAUUUCUUUGCUAUGUCAACCGAACUAUACACUGUCAAAGAGGGCUGGUUGAUGAAAAGAGGUGAAUACAUCAAGAAUUGGAGGCCAAGAUAUUUUGUUCUUCGCAGUGAUGGUUCAUUUCUGGGAUUUAAAGAUAAGCCAAGAGGAGAAAUUAAUUCUGUUGAUCCUUUAAACAACUUUUCUGUUGAGCGUUGCCAGAUUAUGAAACAGAGUAAACCUAAACCAAAUGGAUUUGUUAUCAGAUGUUUUCAACUCACUACAUUAGUUGAGAGGACUUUCGCUGUUGAUUCCUCUUCUGACAGGGAAGAUUGGAUAAGUGCCAUAGAAGAUGUUUCUAAUCGAAUGAAGAAAGAAGAGAAAGCCAGAGAUGGUGCUAUAUCCUCCACCCAUGAUAGCGAUGCUUCAUCAAAGAUGACUUUGGAAGAUUUUGAAAUGCUGAAGGUUUUAGGCAAAGGCACUUUUGGCAAAGUAAUGUUGGGAAAGGAAAAGAAGACAGGCAAUGUUUUUGCAAUAAAGCUACUCCGAAAAGACGUUAUUCUUGCAAAGGAUGAAGUCGAACACACGCUCACUGAAAAUCGAGUUCUCCAAUCAGCAAAGCAUCCUUUCUUAACAGAACUAAAAUAUUCGUUUCAAACGACAGACCGACUUAUAUUUGUUAUGGAGUAUGUCAAUGGUGGGGAAUUGUUCUUUCAUUUGUCACGGGACAAAGUGUUUUCAGAGGCUAGGUCAAGAUUUUAUGGUGCAGAAAUCACACUAGCCUUGAAGUACCUACAUGAAAAGAAAAUUGUUUACAGAGAUUUGAAGCUUGAAAAUCUUCUCAUUGAUUCAGAUGGACAUAUUAAAAUAACAGAUUUUGGUUUAUGCAAACAAGAAAUCUCCUUCGCAGACACAACAAAAACAUUUUGUGGAACUCCCGAAUAUUUAGCUCCUGAGGUGCUAGAAGACAAUGAUUAUGGUCAUGCUGUCGACUGGUGGGGAUUUGGUGUUGUCCUAUACGAAAUGUUAUGCGGUAGACUGCCGUUCUAUAAUCGUGAUCACGAAGUAUUAUUUGAACUCAUAUUGAGUGAGCCCGUUCGCUUUCCAUCUCGUUUGACACCACAAUCAAAAAGUAUACUGAAUGGAUUGUUGGAAAAAAGUCCAGAAAAAAGAUUGGGUGGAACUAGUCGUGACGCCGAACAAGUUAUGGCGCAUGAAUUCUUCGAGUUAAUUAAUUGGAAUGACAUAUUUCAUAAGAAGAUUCCUCCUCCCUUCAAACCAUCCAUUGACAACAAGGAAGAUGUGAAAUAUUUUGAUGAAGACUUUACAAGAGAGACUCCCAGACUUACACCUCCCGAAGGUACUUUGGACGAUUAUGCGAAGACGAACUUUCCUGAGUUUUCAUUUGUCGGCAAUGGAGAAGAGCUAAAUAAAUAGUUUUCUUUCUUUGCGGAAAAAAAAUUGUGGAUAGCAAGCACAAUUAGAGCAGUAUAAACACCAGAAAAUUCAGUCAUAUUUUUUACAAAUUUUAUUUUUUAUAUUUGAUGAUAAAGUGUUCCAUAUUUUGCUUACUAUUUCAGUUACUGCAUUGUACUCGAGAGUAUUUAUUUUUGUACACUUUCUUAUUAAAACCUUGUUCCUCAUCACGCUUAGUUGCUCGCUAUUAGAAAGUUUUACAUAUGGGGUGCCAAACAAACAUUUACUAUGAAUGGCGCGCUAAUUUAUUAUCCAUGUAGAAGUUUUUGAAAUCAUAAUAUUUUGUACGUUAUUAAUUUGUUUUGAUGUUAGGUAUAAGCGAUGCACUUGUCUUUCAUAUAUACAUUAAAAAUUUUUGAAUGAGAGACUAAUGAGAGUUCUUUAUGUAGGUUUCGCCGUUCCUCUCUGAAGUGUUCCUUCUCAUAAGUUGAGCGAUCAAUUUAUAGGAAUACGAGAGAAAGACAGAAGACUUUAAAAAUAUUACAGAGAAUAUGCUGUUGUUGUUAUUAACUUCGAUGCUUCACAAACCUUAACUCUGCUUUGUUCGGUGAAGUUAUUGUCCUUCACUUAUAAAAAAACAGCGCCUGUCUUCUUCGAACUAGUAUAACCUUGUGUAUUUUAUCUAAGCACCAAUAUAGCUGUAUAUAACACUGCAGAGAUUUGCUUUAUUUGUGCCCGUGUAUGUGUUUUUUCGUAAAAAUUUUGUAAACAAUUUUUUUUAUAAAUUCAAUUUGAUUCUGAGAACGAAUCUUAAUCUGAUAACGCUACUGUGUCUUUUAAGUAAGCCUAUCAUUCUGUAAGCUCAAACACUGCUCAAACACUCACAAUAAGCUCAAAAUAUUAUCAGGAUUAGACCUUUUAUUGUUAUAAAUAUAUGCCCAACAUUUUUUUACUUUGUCUAAGAAUAGGAGAAAUUUCUUCUGCUUGUCACGUUUACAAAAUUAACUUUCAACAAUGAUCCAGAGCUAGCAGAGGGAAUUUCAAAACUGUGUGAAAAUUCGGUUGGUACUUUGUAGAAUUUUCAUAAGUCGGGGAAGGUCAGGGCCAUAAAAUUUCAGUUGUCAACAAUUUGAAUAAAAAUUAAGUAUUGCUUUAGAAAAGUUUUUGUGAUAAGACGUUUUACAUCGGAAGUCAGAGUAAUCUUCGUUUUAGUAAUGGCAGAGUCAGGGAAAAUUAAAAUGAUGGUCAACUGGCCACCCAGUAAUAUGCUAUUUUUCUUAAUGAGAACUUUAAAACAACGAGAGUGAAAAUGAGGCAAAAAAAAUAAGAACAACUAGAAAGCAAUUUCAGACAGAAGUUUCAGUGCAGCAAUUUUUUUUACUAUCCAUUGAAAUAGAAAUGAACGAAUUUAGCCAAUUUCUAUUCUUUUUAUGUAACUUUAUUUUCUUUCUUCAGUUGCUAGUCACCAUUUUUGCAUAUAUAUAUAAAUUCACUCAGUUUGUAAUAUUUUUCAAUUUAUAUUUUGAUACAAUCACGAAUAGUGUAAAUUAUUUGAACGUUUUUGUAGUCUGAUCGUCAACUUUGUUAACAAGAACUUUUAUUAA